AUGGAAUAUCUGACGGCUGAGGUGCUCGAGCUCACCGGAAGUGCAGCGCGCGACAACAAAAAAACCCGCAUCAUACCCCGUCACAACCCGUUAGCGAAGAGAACCGAUGAGAACUGA